AUGGUGAUGUUGAACCGGAAAAAGAAAUCUGGGACGGUGCCGGUUUACUUAAAUGUUUAUGAUUUGACGACGAUUAAUGGUUACGCUUAUUGGGUUGGUCUCGGGAUCUACCAUUCUGGUGUACAAGUUCAUGGUGUCGAGUAUGGUUUUGGAGCACAUGAUCAUUCGACAACAGGGAUUUUUGAGGUUGAACCAAAGCAAUGCCCGGGAUUUAUGUUUAGGAAAUCUAUAUUGAUUGGAAGAACUGAUUUGGGUCCUAAAGAAGUUCGGGCAUUCAUGGAGAAAUUAGCUCAGGAGUAUCCUGGGAAUACUUACCAUCUUAUCACCAAGAACUGCAAUCACUUCUGUAGUGAUGUGUGUCUCAAGUUGACUGGAAAAACAAUUCCACGAUGGGUUAAUCGCCUUGCUCGUUUGGGUUUUUUUUGCAACUGUGUUCUUCCAGCAGAGUUGAACCAAACAAAAAUUCGCCAAGUUGGAUCAGAAGAUAGUAUACGAGAGGGAGAGAAGAAGAAAUUGAGAAGCCGUUCUACUAGGUUAAUCUCUUCUAAUCCUGUAACUCCCCCUUCAUUGAAAUCUUGCCCUUCAAGUUCUGAAAGCAGAAGCGGUAGACAGAAACGGUGUAUUCCUCUGACUUCAAGAUCUUUUGUUCACGAUGAAUCUUCAUCCUCGACAUGGAGCUUCAAGGCUUAA